UUUUCUGUUCUCUUUAGAUGGAAAAUAUGUGAAGGAACAUAUGUGAUUCAUAGGCCUAAAAGCCCCAGAACUGGGUGCCCCCAUGGAUCCUUGUCAUAGGAGACAAAGCUUUCUUGUGCUGACUGGCAUUCAAAUUAUUCCAAACCUUCAAAGGGUGUCCUGUGAAGCACUGAGUGGGAAGAAUGGGUGAACUUCAAGCAACAGUUGAAUUCUCUGUGGAACUUCACAAGUUCUAUAAUGUUGACCUCUUUCAGAAAGGGUUCUACCAAGUCCGAGUUUACCUUAAGACAUCACCAAAGUUAACAUCCAAAACUGAAGUCCAUCUGCAAAAUAGUCAAGUUGAGGAUCUAAAAUUCCCAGAAGGCAUAGUUUUUCCUGCCUGCAUUGUAGAAGGGUCAGCAGUGAGCAAGACGUGCCAAGUUGUAUAUUGUCAUGAAGAGGUUGGAUUGAAUGACGUAUUCCUCUUUCGGGCUCAUGUAAUUGUUGAAAGUCACAAGGUGCUUGAUGUGCUCAGUAAGGCAGAAUUCCAGUUCAUCAUGGAGCUCUGGUUUUCUGAGCACAAGUUCGGUCCUGAUCAACACAGUACAAUAGCUUGUAUAUCAAGACGUACCUUGAAUCUUCACCUCUCUCCUGUACGAGGGCUACAUCACCACCUUCCUGUGCUGUUUGACUAUUUCCACCUUUGUGCUGUCACAGUCACAAUCCAUGCUAGCCUCCUAGCCAUCCACCAGCCCAACAUACGUGCUCCACGACCGAAUAGGCUGACAUGGCUGAAUCUUGCAGCCCCUAUGGGUGAAUCCAUGGGGUCCAUUGAAGAAGUUUUCUUUGGCAAGACAGCUUGUGGAAAUGAAGAUGACUUUCUUCUGGUGGCCAACAAUGACAUCACCCAGUUGUGUGCUCAAAACAUUUUACUAUGGCAACAACUUCUCAAGGACUUUGUUGGUUGUGAGGCUGUUCACCAGCAUUUGGCUCAGCAGCAUCAGCAUCAUAGAGUGAAGAGGUUUGCCGAAGGAUUUUUCAUCAUUGACAAUCCAAGGCAAUCAAUGCAAGGUGGCUAUGAUUGCAAUUAUGAAAACUAUUUGUGUGUGUCCGAGAGUGUGCGGCAUUCACGGUAUUUCCUGUCCCUACCUCCUCUCCCUGUGGAAUGUGUUGAGUUGGAUGGGGAUCCUUCCACUCUUCCCAUCAUAUUUGAGGACCAGUAUCAGGAGGUGCUGGAGUUCGCUCGUAAACGCAGCAUAGCUAGCCAUCAAAAAGUGCCAGAGAAGUCCCCAGGAGCAUCUGAAGUACAAAUGAAGAUGUCUGAGGCAAAUACUGGAAGUCUGGUGGAAACCAAAAAGAAAUCAAAUGUGUCUGAUUCAGAAAAAGUGGAAACUGAAGAGUUGCAGAAAAAGCAGUCAUUCUCUUUGCCAACAGAUAAAAAGUUGGUUUGGGAAAGACAGGAGACUUCUGCUGUGGCUCCCUCUCAGCAGUUGCUCAAAGAAUCCAUUGUAAAGGAAGUGUCAUCAGGAAUCAAUUCUUCAGUGUCUGUUCUCAGCACUUGCAGUGAUGGAACUGGUUUAAAGAAGCCCCGUGAUUAUGAUUCUGGUGUGGCCUUCUCAUCAAAUGUUUCUAUCAAGUCAGAAACAUCAAAGCAGUUGCCACCCACACAGCCUAGUCCUCGGAGGCAGAGCCUCAAAGAGAAGUUCAAAACCAAUAUUCAAGUUGCUGGAGAUGUGGUGAAGCCUGGGAGAUCUCGAAAGUUCCUCCUUCUCUCCCGAAAACGAGAGAUGAGGAGAUCAGAUUUGCAUAAGAGUUCUUCAUCAUCAAAUACCAGCUCUGAAAGUGUCACUCUCCUUGGAUAUAGGAAAUUGGAACAGAGUGUGAGUGUUCCAUUCAAUCUAGCUCAUGGUGGGUGCAAAAAUGGAAUUAAGCACUCAAAAAGUACCAUCUCCAUGCCUGGUGUCCACAUGGAUUCACAAACUUGCCCCGAAAAAGGGAUUGGAAGCAGCGAAUCAAUGCCAAAUCUUCUUGAUGCAGCUGACCAGAUUAAGGAUAAAGAAGUUCUUGAAGAUGCUGAGAAGUUGAGUACAAGUGAAAAAGCAGGCUCAUCUGAUAGCAGUGAUUUGACAUCAGAGCAAAGUGGAUGGGUCUCCAAUUCCAGUUGCCGAAGUUCUGAUGGAGUUUCAAGUGGACAGAACAGCCCUGUGGUUGAAUUAAACUCAAGUAAUCGUGAUCUUUCUGAACCUGAAAAUUUACCUCCACCACCUGCAGAAUUCCAGGAUCCACCUAAAUUGGAGCCAGUGACUGAAUCUCAAGAUCAAAUCAUGCCUCCUAAAGAAUUUCAGGAUCCACCAAAGACCUUGCCACGCAUGAGACCACCCAGGAUCCGUAUGCCAGCAUCAGAUGAUGAUGUUUGCCACAUAUAUGAAAGCAUUGGAGAGUUCCAGUCAAUUGCAAGGAGAAGAUUAGGAAAUGCAUGGUCAGAUGACUCAGCUUUGAAACGAGGGCCAGGCCAUGCUCGAUCCCUAUCUAUUCCUCACACAUCCUCAAGGCCUCUGAGGAAGUGCUCUUGCUCAAGUGAUUCCCAGAUCUUUACUCGAGUUGGGAUUAUCUGUGAAUGCUGUGAGUCACGAACAAGACAUAAUUCCAUAGCAGAGAAGCUUGUGUCUCCUAUUGAUACAACUACAGUCUCCUUUGUUGAAGCAAAGGAAGAAUUCAAACAACAAAUGGCUCUUGCUCUUUCUGCCUCCUUGUAUAGUGAUAUUCCUAGUGCCACAUCUAGUCAGCCCUAUUUCUCAGUGAGUAGUGACUUCAGGCCAUUGCAUCAUAAGGGUCUUCACCUAAUCAUCUGUGUCCAUGGAUUGAAUGGAAGUUCAACAGAUUUGAGGCUAGUGCGGACUUACUUAGAAAUGGGUCUCCCUGGCCACAAUCUUGAAUUCUUAAUGUCAGAAGGGAAUCAGCAAGGUGACACCUUCUCAGAUUUUGACAUUAUGACAGACAAGCUGGUCAAUGAAAUUCUGUACUUCAUUCAAGUGAAUGGGUUGAAACCUUCACGAAUCAGCUUUGUUGGUCAUUCACUUGGUUCAGUCCUCAUCCGAUCAGCUCUGACCAGGCCUCAGAUGAAGCCUCUCAUUCCCAAGCUUCAUACAUUUCUUUCUCUCUCUGGGCCACAUCUUGGAACUUUGUACAACAAUAGUGGCUUAGUGAAUUUUGGACUCUGGUUCAUGCAAAAGGUGAAGAAGUCAAGCUCACUGCUCCAGCUGUGUUUGAAAGAUCACCCAAACCCUCGGCAGACAUUUUUGUAUAAGUUAGCAAAGGACUCCCAGUUGCAUCAUUUUCGGAAUAUCCUUCUGUGUGGCUCAUGUCAAGAUCGUUAUGUGCCCCUCCAUUCUGCCCGUAUUGAGCUCUGUAAGGCAUCAGCUAGGGAUACAACUUCAAUGGGCUUGGCUUACAAGGAAAUGGUGAACCACAUCUUGCAGCCCAUCAUUGACAAUGCAGAAAUUAACAUAGUGCGAUAUGACACUCAUCAUGCUCUGCCCAACACUGCAGAUUCUCUCAUUGGAAGAGCACCUCAUAUAGCAGUGGUAGAUUCAGAACUCUUCAUUGAGAAAUUCCUCCUUGUCUCAGCCCUCAAGUAUUUCCAGUGACAUUCUCCCAUGUGAGAUUGAGUGUUGUGCCAUUUAUGUGUGCUGGAGAGGACAGUUGUGAAUGCAUAGAGAAUGUGAUGAGGAGGUUCUGCCAAUG